AGGACUAGCAGGAAACCCACGCGAGAAAGAAAGGAAGCAGAGAGAAGAAAAGGUUUAUGCCAGGGGUUCCUGCUUUCUAGUCAGCAAGAACUACCAUUUUUUAAAUCCUUAACUUUUUUGUUCAGUGAGCAACAAUAAUUUUUUUUCCCCCCUCCCCGAACAGACGCACAUCUAAAAGCAGCAGCGAUGGCGCCCUCUCUAGUCCAGGCCUACAGGAGGCGCUGGUGGAUGGCGGUGACGGCGGUGAUUGAAAAUCUGCUGUGCUCGGCUGUGCUGCUCGGCUGGGGCUCCCUGCUCAUCAUGUUGAAAAGGGAAGGCUUCUACUCCCACCUGUGCUCAGAAAAUGAUUCUGUGGUCGUGUCUUUGGGUAACUCCUCCGACAGGGAGGUGGACGAGUGGCUCAGCUGCGUGGAUCAGGAGGAGAUGCUGAAUCUUGGCUUCACCAUCGGGUCCUUCUUGCUGAGCGCCACCACCCUGCCCCUCGGUAUCCUAAUGGACAGGUUUGGGCCACGCCCAAUUCGCCUGGUGGGCAGUUCCUGUUUCGGUCUGUCCUGUGUUAUUAUGGCGUUGUCUGCCUACAACCCUGAUGCUCUGUCAGCACUUAUUUUCUUGGCUCUCUCCCUGAAUGGCUUUGGAGGCAUCUGCCUGACCUUCACCUCGCUCACGCUCCCCAACAUAUUUGGCUCUCUGAGCUCCACCAUCAUGUCUCUGAUGAUCGGCUCCUACGCCUCCUCUGCUGUCACCUUCCCUGGAGUCAAGCUGAUCUACGAUGCAGGUGUGACCUUCCAGGUGAUCAUGUGGAUGUGGUCAGGUCUUGCUGGGUUUGUCUGUCUCAACUGCUUCCUCAACUGGCCUGCUGAAGGCUUCCCGACACCAGACGAGGUAGACUACAGUAAGAUCGCCACACAGCAAGAGGUGCCUUCAUCUGACCAGAAGACUGUUGGAGAGCGACUGAGCCAGAAAAAUGGAGACGUCCAACAUGCGACAGAGAAGCUUCCUAAUGGAUCUGAGGCUGCGCCCAAUGCUACUCCCUUCCAAAGGUCCGUAUUCUCUCCCAUCUUCCUGUGGAGUCUGGUCACGAUGGGGAUGUCCCAGCUGAGGAUCAUCUUCUUCAUGGGGGCGAUGAACAAGAUGCUGGAGUUUAUGGUCAACCACGGGGAAGAGCAUCCAUCCGAGCAGCUGGUGAUUGAAACAGAAGAGAAAGUGAGUUUCUACUCGUCCAUCUUCGGCACGCUGCAGCUGCUGUGCCUGGCCACGUGUCCUCUGAUUGGAUACAUCAUGGACUGGAAGAUGAAGGAGUGUGAAGAGGAGAAAACCGUCCCAGGCACAGAGCAGAGGCAGACCGUUGUACCCAAAAGAGACCGAAAGAUCCAGAAAGUGACCAACGCCAUGAGGGCCUUCAUCCUCACCAACAUGCUGCUGCUCGCCUUCGGAUGCUGCUGCCUCAUAGACAGCCUGCCUCUACAGAUCUUGACCUUCAUCCUCCACACUAUGGUCCGAGGCUUCAUCCACUCCUGCUGCGGAGGCCUUUAUGCUGCUGUCUACCCGUCAAACCACUUUGGCACUCUGACGGGCCUCCAGUCCAUGAUCAGCGCUUUGAUCGCUCUGCUGCAGCAGCCGCUCUUCAUCGCCAUGGUCGGACCAAUGAAAGGAGACCCCUACUGGAUCAACGUCGGCCUGAUCAUCUUCUCAUUGGCUGGUUUCCUGUUGCCGGGUUACCUGUUCUACCACCGCAGGCAGCUGCUGAGGGAAAAGGAGGCCAGAGACAAGCGGGCGGCCGGACCUGAGAUGGAGGCUCUCAACGACAGCAAGGCCAACGGCCACAAACCUCAAAGCAACGGAGUCGCUGCUGUGGAGGCGUAGAGCCACACAGAGUGGAGGGUCGGGGGAAUCGUGGUAUUUGUACUUCAAAAUGAGCACCAGCAAUCUAUGCAUUCAUAUAUAUUUUUGUUUAGAUAUUUUCAGUGUUUUGUGGUGGGUUUUUUUAGGUCGUUGCUGGUGCACAUUUUGCUCACCACACUUUAAACCAUCGAGCAAAUAGGAUUCCUCAUGUUCUGUUAUGACUCAGAGUUGGACUUUAAGUUCCUUGUGAUUUUGGGAAAAGAUGUGUCAUCAUCAUUUGUUUAUUUAUUUUGGUUAAGUGUCAAAGAGCGGGAUUAGUGUGAUUUAAAGCCAUAGAUUUCACUGACACGCACACACCCUGGUUUGGCCUGCGGGUCAGACUGCGGACAUCACAGUACUUGAAAUACUGUUAAAUACUUUACAAAGACUUAAAAAAAAAAAAAAAUCAUCACAAUCUUUGCUAAGACCAAAGAACAGCUUAAAAGAUAGAAAAGUUGCCGUUUUUACCUCCAUAUUGUUUCAAAAACAUGCUUAGUGAAACAACCUUUUUGUAGGCUUUUUUUUGCUGUUUCUACGUUCAUUCCUCUUGCCACAACUAAAAAUAUAUAAAUCAAAGCAUUCAACAAUCAAAGAAACAUUAAGCAUCUCAAUACAAGACUUCUGGUACCUAUAAAGAAGCAUUUGGAGUAUUUUCAAGAGUCCAUUUAUUCACACAUGUAAACGCACAGAUUGUACAGGUUGUAGAGACACCAUAUCUACCUCCUCUGUUUCCUUUUUUUGGUACCGUCUCUCUGCAGCUGACUCUUAUUUCUGUCCAUCGAAGUUAUUUUUAUUCACUAUUAAUCCUUUAAUUGUCAAAUACCCAAAAUGUCAAAUUGAAUCACAACAGAGUUUCUCAUUGUGCAUUAAUUGUCCUUUAGAGGUAUUGAUGAGGUUGCCCUUUUUUUAUGUAGGAAAAACAUUUCUUUAUGGAAAAUUCAUAAGGAAAAAUAUGACUGACUUUUACACACACAGUGUGUGUCAAUGUUAUGGAUCACUUUGUACUGCUUUAUGCACAUCAAUGAACUAGUAUGUGUAUAAAAUGUGUAUUUUUAUACUCUAGCUGCGGUAGCAUUAAAAAGGGAAGCGUUUGUUUCAGUUAUUGUGUAGGGUGCUGAUUAUAAAUGAAGCUCGGAUGAUUAACUGUGUAUUCUGCUUCUGCCUUUUUUUGUCACGUAUUGAUUUUGGAGCAAACAGCUCUAUCAAAAUGUUUUUGUAAAUAGAACUGAGGUGUGUUUUAUUACAUAUUCUGCUUGCCUUACUAUAUAUAAGUGUGUGUGUACAGUAGCCUGACACUGGCUGUGGUUAAACUUUUUUUAAAUGGGAUUUUUCUGCCUGGAUGCUCAGUCACAUUAUAAAUAUUGUUUCAGCCAGUUGCAGGUGUGUCAAUCCUGUAUCCGUUUGUUCUGCUCACAGCAACAGUAUCUUGUAGAUUUAUUAAAUCUUUUUAAUUGACUCAACCCAUUUCAGUGUCAAGAAAGCUUUAUUAGAGGUUUCCUUUCUUGUCUGUUUUUUUCUGCUUAAUAUUUAUCCUUCGUCCUUUAAAUGAGUCCAGAUACAUGACUCUUUGCCGUCUCGCCAUCAGAGAUUCUGUGUUUGGUUUCAAUUCUGUGCCUUUUGCUUUUUUUAUUGCAAUAUAUAUAUGAAUGAUAAGAUUAAUGCCUCUGCCAAAUAUCUUUCGCCGCAAAUCAAAGCCAUGUGUAGGAACUGUAAACUAGUUGAUAGUACAGCACUUUCCUCAGGAGCAAAUAACAGACCUUACACCAAAAUGCAUUGAUCCUGGAGUAAAGGACAGUUUGUUUUUGGUUUACUGUCACAGGUGUUGAUUCAGCUUGAUUGUUAUUUCUGAGGCUGUUGGUUCCUAUAAAUACGAGGAGUGCAUUACAAUCGGUGUUCCGAGGUUUCCCGGUUUGGCACCUGUCCUUACUUUCCUCUUUCACAGUAUUUUGUAAUGUUUGAAACCAAAUAUUCCAGCAAUUCCAACAACCACAAUCUGACCAUCUUUUUGUUUCGCAGCAAUUUAUCUGAAGUUUCUUGUUGUCUAACUGGUGGCUUCCUUUUGCCUUAGUAAUUGGGAUUAAAAGUUGGAUAUGUGAAGUUCAAUCAACACCUCUGACAGUCUCUACAACAAAAAUAAACAUCCUUUGCUUUGUCUAUAUUUUAAGAACAUUCUCUACAGGCUUGUCUUGUCUUCUCUUUGCCCUUGGGGUUGAAGUGUCGCUAAAUGUAUGCCUUUAAUCAAUAUA